CGCAACUGCGAUGCAAGGCAUUGCUUCUGCGGUGCCGCCUCAGCUGGGUUCACUCCAACUCGCCUUCUUGCAGUCAACGAUGUAUUGCUACGAAUAGUAACAGGGAAGCCUGAACACCACAGAUAUGCCGCUCUUAGCUACUGCUGGGGCCAGAUAUCCACGGGAAGAGACCUCUUCUUGACAACCAAAUGUAACAUUACUGCAAGAUUAUCCAGUCUCCAAAUGAACGAGCUUCCUCAAGCACUACAAGACGCUGUUCAAGUCUCACGAGCUUUGAGCGUAGACUACCUUUGGAUAAAUGCCAUAUGCAUAAUUCAAGACGACUUCGAGGACUGGAGCAAAGAAGCUUCGAGAAUGGGCACGAUAUACAAACACGCCUACUUCACCAUUGCCGCCACAGACUCA